UCUAUAAACCUAUAAUACCAAUUAUAUAUUCAACGUAAUAUCAUAGUUAUUGAUUAAGUUUUAUUCUAUUACCUCAAUUAUUUAUGAUUACAGUGUACGAAAUGCAAGAAUAAGAACUAAUUCACUAACUAUUUGAUUAUUUCCCUUGUUCAUCCAUUAAUUUAUUGAUUGGAUUACAUUUGAAACUGGCGGAGUUCACAGGUUACAUGCUAUGUAUCUACAUUCACCAGCUACUACAAUUACUUCAACUAACAGCAGUAAUACAUCUACUAACAUUACAAAUACAAAUACUACUAGUUGUUUGACAGUAACAUCUAAUCAUAUUGACCCAUUGAAAUUGGAUAUAAUGAACAGUAUGAGUAAUCCAGCUUGUUGUAUACCAUCAAAUAAUAUGAUUCAACCACCUCCAACUAUACCUAAUCAUGGAUUAACUAGUCUACUAUCAAAUGUAGCAUCCAAUUUAUCAGCUCAUCAAAAUCAUCAGAACUUUUUAAAACCAUCUCUAGUUCCUACUGGACGAACAUCAAAUGCUCAACUAUUACAAUUAUUACGUAAUGUUACUUCUUCGUUACCAUCAUCUACUGUUUCACAUCCAAUAUCUCCAAAGAAUACAAGAAAUACACCGGUAUUAUUAAGUGACAAUACUCAUAGUAUAUCUGAUUCCACAGCUCAACUACCAACAAUAUCAACAGUUACAUCGAAUACAAUUUCAGGUACGGAUUAUUUAUCUUAUAAUAAUGAUCAGUCACUCAAUUUAAAUUCACAAUCAAACAGAACCUCAUCCAAUCUUUCAUCUAUGAAUGAACCUAGUCUACUGCCGGAUUUUGAAACGUUACUCACUAAUUCCAAUCAAAAUAUGAGUGAUUUUAUUUAUUGUUUAGUUCAAUCAAUUCUAUUCAAUCAUACAAAUACUAGACAAAAAGUUAAAUUCAAGAAAGAAACACCUUCAUUGGAUUCAGCCGCUUUGCUAUCGCUUCUUUCUGGGACAGGAAAUUUAAAUCCCUCUAGUUGUUCUACUGGUUUACUCACAAAUCCUUUAAAUCCUCUGGGUACUUUAUCUUCUGAAAUAGAUGGUGCUAAUUCCAAUAUUCAUUUACGUCAAGUCUUGGAGUCGUUAAUCAGUUUAUCAGUUUCUCCUUCUGGAUUUGAUCAGUCUUCUCACAAUUUAUUGUCUAACGAUAUGCUUGACAGUGGAUCAUUAAGUCAAACCUUUCAACAGUUGGCUAGUUUAUCUAAUCGUAAAGCAACAACUGCAGUCCCGAAAGUAUCUCCUUCCGGUCAAAUUUUACCUAAUGAAAGUAGUAACAGUACAAAUCCCCCAGGCAAUCUUUCAUUUGAUCUUCUUGCCCAAUUAUCUGCUGCGGCGGCUACAGCCGUAACUCCUCCGCCUCCUAAUAUUCUAAAUCAACUUGGAAAUUUGGCAGCUGAUGGAUUUAAUCCAAUCUUCCCAACUGAUGAAAGUUUAUCAUCCGCUCUACAGAAUCUUUUAUUCAAACAAAUGUUGAGUGUGAAUACAGGAUCAAGUGCUUAUUCAUCUUCCCUUGGAUCAGGAAGAAAUUCCUCAUCUCAAUCGGGACAACAUACUAGUUUAAACGAUUGUCGAUCUAUGAAUAAUGAUGAGUCUAAUUGCAGUGCAGAAAAGUUAAUUCCACCAACUUAUUCUUUGGCUCCAAAUUUUUUAUCUCUUCAUUCUCCGAAUAGUACUAGUAACUGUAGUAAUAAUAACAAUCCUCGUAAUUCAUUUGUUCGACCAUCUUCAAGAAUAUCACCUGAACCUAUUACAUCAGCUUCUAGCCCACCCUCUACAUCAUCUACACCAUCUUUCAUUUGCCCUAAUCAAUCUAAUCCCCCUACUGGAGAAUUUUAUCCUCCAAAUGAAACUGUGGCAUCGUCACCUAAUUCUCUACUUUUAAAUGGUUGUACUAAUGUAGGUACAUCUCCUAACACUGCAUUGAAUAUGAAUCAGACAGCUGUAAAUUUAUCAAAUGAUAACCAAUCAUGGGAACCAUGUAAAGUUUGUGGAGAUAAAGCUUCAGGACGACAUUAUGGUGUUGUAUCAUGUGAAGGAUGUAAAGGAUUCUUCAAACGUUCUAUUCGAGGACAUGUUAGCUACGUAUGUCGUAGUGAACAAAAUUGUCUUGUAAAUAAAGCCUAUCGAAAUCGUUGCCAAUAUUGUCGAUUACAAAAAUGCUUAGCCGUUGGCAUGCGUUCAGAAGCUGUGCAAAAUGAACGUAGACCUACAAAUACAUUUGCGUUGAAUUUUUUAAAUGACAAUGUCGGUAAUUCAAAUAAUACAACUACUGGCGGUUCACCUAAUCCUAAUAGUAACAAUAGUACAUCUACUGCUUCGAUUACUUCUACAACAACAAUAACAACCUCAACUGCCGCCGCUGCUAAUAAUAAUAGUAAUAAUAAUAAUAAUAGCAGUCACACUUCAACAUUUGGAACAUCAAUCACAAAUGUUCGUAACAAUUCACCGCAGUCUCAACAAAUAUUGUGUAAAAUUGAAUCGAAUUCCCAAGAAUUGGAGGAUGAGCACCAUCAUGAUAAUCAUUCAGAAUUUAUAACACAGAAAUCUGAGGAAAGUCAAUCAUCAUCUCAUAGUUCCCCAUUUGGUUCAUCUCGUUCACUGCCAGUAACGUCGUCAGUAACGACAACAGUGGGGUUAUUAUCAUCAUCAUCAUCAUCGCUGGGGUUGGCUUCAGGAGGCAUAGGAUCGAAGCAUUCAGAUGAUAAUCACGUCACAGGAAUCACUAAAAACUCUGCUUUAAGCGAUAUUUCAUCUUCAUCGUCAUCGUCUUCUUCUCAUUCAGCUACAGUAGCAGAUGUUGAAAUCAAUGAUUCCAAUAAUGCAUCUUACUUACAACAGGAUAUUAAGCCUCCUAUUACUCAAACUUCAUUAGGAUUAAAAUUUACGCCGAAUUUAUGUAGCUCACCUCAAGUUACAUCACAUUCCCUUCAACAGCCUCCUACUGUAUGUAUAUCCACUUCAGCUUCAUCUUUUACUCACCAACGCUCAACAUCUUCAGUGAAUAGCAGUAAUGUUAAUAAAAAUAGUACAGCUUAUGCUAAUGCACUACCCCCAUAUGGUAAUAUGCCAGAAGGUUGUCAUACAACUAGUCACAUUGAUUCAGACUGUGGGAUUGCCAAUUUCAGCCGUUCUAUGAAUCGAAACACUCUUCUUAGUUCACAGCUUUUUAAUAUACCUGAUAAUAAACGAGGCGCAACUCAAGAAUCUUAUUCUCGGCGAAUGACUUCGUUCUCGAACACACCAUGUUCAUCUUCAACAACUGUGUCUAAUCAACAAGAAUCUUUGCCAAUUUUCGAUGAUACAGGUGGAUUGAAUUUGAAUGAAUUCACUAAAUUAGCUUUGAGCAAUAUAAAUUCCUUGCAAUCAACAUCGUCAUCUUCAUCUAAUCAACAAGGACGUAAUUUAGCUGCACUGUACACUUAUUGGUUAGCUGCUGCAACUGCAGCUGGAUCUUUAAAUACUUUACAUCAUCAACAGAAUGAAAAUCAUCAUCAUCAACAACAACAACAACAACAACAACAACAACUACAACAACAGAAUCAUUCAAUGCAUUUAUCUACUUCAAAUCAAAAUUUCAAUCCACUCGACAUAAAAACAUCAUUAUCACCAUUGAAAACAUCACAAUCUCCAAUUGUAACCACAUCAACAACUAUUGGUUCCAGUCAAAAUUCUACAUCACAAUUCAAUAUGAAAACACAUUCAAACAGUGUAUUAGGACAACAUUGUAAUUUAGAAAAUCAACUACUUAUUAAUGGUUUAAAUCAUUCGUCUAAAUCAGCAUUAUUAUCUACUGUAAACAAUCAUACAGAUGCUUUAAAUAUGUUAAUGUCAAUUAUGUUAAAUUCAUCAGAUCAUAUUGGUGGAUUGAAUAAUUUCACUGCAUUGACAGAUGCAAUUAAUUCAACGGCAGCAAAUUUACAAAAAGCACCAGUCAGUCAUCAAUCUCGUCAACAAAAUCCUUUCAUGCCUCAGCAUCAUUCUUAUCAACAACAUCAAUUACAAAUGGGCUCUUCAAAUUCUCAUCGAUCAUCCACUUCACCGAAUACAUUUGAAAUGCCUAUUCCUCCUCAUACAGCAUCUUCUUGCUUAUCGGCUUCAUUAUUUGGACUCAAUAACAACGUGCCAACCAUUAAUAACAAUAAUAAUAAUAAUAAUAGUGUCAUGCAUACCGUUACUAAUAAUAAUCCAUCAUUUAUACCAGCACCUCCACCGAUCAAAUCAACAAAUUUAAUCCAACUAUUGUGCAAACGUACUUCAAAUAGUCAAACAAAUACUUUAAUCGAUACUGACACAAAACCUAAGAAUGGUCCUUGCAGUAGUAUGGUUGCUACUACCACUAGUACUACUACUACUAGUACUAGUACCACUAAUACUAAUGUUAGAGGAAGACGAAGUAGUAAUAGUAGCACUGUAAACAAUAUUGAAGAGAAUGAUCAUGAUUCUAGUGAACAACUAAUCAAUACUGAUCGAGAUGUAAAUGGUCAUUUAUUGCCGAAAAAGUUUGAUCUUACUUCAUCAUCCGAUGUAACAACAGUAUUACGACCAGACAAUGAAUCACUGAAUUAUCCAUCUCCAAAGAAAGAGGAAACAAAUUGGUCAAGAAGUCGUAAACGUAAAAUGCAUUACUCAUAUCCUUCCGAUGUUAACAUUAGCGCUAAAUCAAUUCGUCGACGAACACAAAGUAGUAAUUCAUUUCAAUCGGGAACAAAUAAUUCUACUGGAUUGAUCGAUACACGAGAAACAUAUGAAGAUGAUGAUGAUGAGAAUAGAAUAACAGAAAAUGUUUCUGAACAUACUAAAUCUCCAGAUAAUUCUAGACCUAAUAGUCCUUUGGUUGGACCAGUUUUAUUGAAUUCAAUGUUUGAUUUAAAUGCUCAUGUUUUUAAAGCAUAUCAGGAUAACACUAACAAUCGAUCUCUCAGUAUAUCAAGUGAACUAGCUUCACGAGUUCUAUUUCUUACUGUGGAUUGGUUACGUCGAUUUGAUGGUUUAAAACGUCUACCAAUUGGUGUUCAACGUGAUUUAGUGGCUAUUUCUUGGUCUGAUUUGUUUGUACUUGGAUUAUGUCAAGCAGCUGAUCAAGUUAAUCGUUCUCAGAAUCAUAAACCAUCAAAUCAAGAAUCAAAUGAUUCACAAUCAACAAAUAACUUAUGUACACAGAACGAUAUUAAUUCUACAAGAGCUAAACAAAUCUCAGGAGAACAACAAACAAAUUCUCCCUGUGGUACUACUACUACUGCACCAACUAAUUCAUUUAAAUCAAAUAAUUUUGACGCGUCAUCAUCAUCAUCGUCACACAUUUCACCUGGCAAAGAAUCAAUGGAUACUUCAUGCCUAAAAACAAAUUGUUCAUCAUCUUCGGCUGUGAUAGAAUUAGUGGAACAAUUGAUGAAGCAGUUUUCUGGAGCUGAAGUUGAUACACAUGAAUAUACUUAUCUUAGGUGUAUGGUUAUACUUAGCUCCGGUCGUUUAUGUAUUAAUGCAAGAGAUGCUAGUUUAGCCAAACAAAUUACUGAAAUGGAAUCACGUGUAUUAAGCGAGUUUUCUGAAUUCUUGUCUACACGUGCAGCAGCAUCUACAACAGGCACUGGUUCGCUUUCAUCGAAAAGAACAAAAAGUGUUAUUAAAAGAGUUCUUAUAUUGACACAAUUAUUAUCUACACUACGUUACUUAGAUCCAAAAGAUUUAGAAGAAGCAUUCUUUUCAAAUUUGCUUGGUUCUGUAUCGAUCGCUCAGAUCCUUCCCUACUUACUAGAGUCAAAUGAGCUAUUUACUCAAAGUCAAUUGGUAAUGAAUUCAUGCCUGUUGGAUAAUUCUCUGGUUUACAAGUCCGGUCUAAAUCACGUCAAAUCCCUUAACAAGCAAGUUUCGAGGUCUGGUUUAGAAGAUAAUGUGCUGAAUUUCACCGGGGAUUCUGUCCCAAAUACUAUGAUGGAGAAAACUGAUAAUCCUUCUUCGUUGUACCAUCCUGACCAAACGUCUCCACAGAGCAGACUAGGUUCUUGUGCGAUCACAACCGCAGGCAUCGAGCCAACCAAUCAAGACACAGAACCGACAAAUAGUGUGUCGUUUGCGAACAAUGAGACAGAUGACUCAGCUUAGGAAUCAAAGUUAGGAUACACAAUAUUUGAUCAUGGCUGAUGAGGUAGUUUCCCUCCUAUAACGUCUUUCUUAUCAAACCACAUCAAAUUUGAAAGGACUGACAAGAUAAAGCGCCUUAUUGCUUUCAGCGCCAUUCCGUUUCAAAGAUUACCGCUUAUUGUUAAGUUCUAUGCUGAAAACAAAUAUUUGAAGUGGUUUUACAUGACAUACAAAUAGAUUAUAUUUAUCAAACUAUGCACCAGCGAUUUUCUGUGCUAGUAUAAAAAGUGUGAUUUUAAUGUUCAUCUUAUUCUGGAGAUCUUUUCAGUAGUUAUAAAAAGGCGAAAUUUGUACAUUUUUUUAACUUUUGGCUUACAGACAGAAUGAGGUUUGUAGUUACUAACACACUUUCCAAUUUAUACACAUUAUACAUUCAGUCUUCAAAUAAUAUACAGCUACCUCAUCUCUCUGUACACCAGGUUUAUUAGUGUCGUUAUUCUUGUUUCAUGUUGCUGAUGAUGCAAAACAUAAACAAAAAUAUAAAUUUCGAAGAUCCUCUUAGUCAUUCCGACAAUUUACUUAUAUAAAUAUAUAUAUACAUUCACCUAUAAAUAUGUAUACAUGAACCUACUUUUCACAGCUUUUAUUUCCUUGUCCCGUUUAAUGAUUUCAGAUUAUUUAUUUGUCAUGAACACAAAUCAUAAAUUUGGCGAAGCUUUUUUUAUUAUCUAUAUAUUUGUUGUCUUGCUUAAAUGACUUUAAUACCUACUGAUAAUGAUUUCAAACUACUGAUAUAAUUUCUAUUCACUGAACUAUUGUGUAUUAAUUGAAAAUUGAGAGCAAAAACAAUGAUGAUAAUUGUUAUUGACGGACUAAGAGCGCCACCUCUUGAUUUUGUGAUUUAAAUCUAACUCAACUAAUUUAUGCGUACACAAACAUUAUAUAAAUACAGUAAUUAGCGGAUCAGGAACUCGGGGUACUCUUAUACUUUAAUUGCUUUCACCUUUUACUAUUUUCUAUGCCUACAAAAAUCCAUAAUGUAUUUAACUAUUGUUGUGUGAUAUCUUGAAUAUGGAAUUAACAUUUUACUUCUCUUUCUAUCUUGUUUUUGUUUUGUGCCUGUGUUCCAAAUGUAGAUGUGUUAAUAACCGUGAUUUAAAUAUUAAAAUAAUAUUGUAA